AAAAUAUACAAAAAAAAGUAGUUUUCUGCAUGUUGCAACUUAAUUCAUUUAUUGCACAAUCUGUAGAAAAACAAGACACGUUGUAAAAGUAUCGAAAGAAAAAUUUUGUCUCUUCGUCUAAGACUUCAUUCGAACACAUGCAGAAAUAAAGAAACAAAAAAACGUUUAUAUAUAAAAGAAAAGGUGCUCUUCUUUAAAUAUAGCAUCGGUUCCUCGUGUCUCAUUGUGGAAUUAUACGGCAAAAACGUAAGAUCCGGAAAUUCGCCGUCCCCGCGGAUUUUGUGUUAACACUUUAACGUAUACGGACUCGCGGCGAGUGAGGGUGGAGAAGUGAGAGUGAAGUGGGUGAAGAAGUGCUCCACCCUCAUCCUGAAUUAUGCACGUUUACACUUUAACAUAAGAAUCCGCGACGACGGCGAUUUCCGGAUAAUGCCGGCAAAAAGUACAUGUUUAAAUGUGUAGAUGUAGUGCAAACAAGAAAAUAAUGGGGAGAAGAAAAACAGUGUCACUGUUAAAUUCUUUCAUCUUUAACUUUACUUCAUUCAUGUACAAUAUUUUUUACGGUUAUAGAAUUUAUGCCCAAAUGUGGCUGUUUAAUUUGAUUAAAAUUAUUCGUAUUAAUUGUAAUUGUACUCAGAAAAGAAUCAAUCACUAGUAGACGGACGCUCCAUUUCCGUGUGACAGAGACACGUGUGGUAUAGACAGAUGAUGGAACGAGACUCGACAGCACGUAUUUUUAAGAGAGACAUUACGUCAUAGUGUGAGAGUGAGUUUGAAAAGUAGUUUCAGACAAAACAUAUUUUCAUGAUGUAAAAUUGUACAUCUGUAACUGUAUCACAUAAUGACUAUUUAACACUCAGAUUUCAAAACUUAAAACCAUACUCACUUAUUCUUCUUUUUCAAUAAACAAGUCUUCGCGGUACUGUCCGUGAUAACGUCGGUUCACAGCAGUGUAAAUAUCGGUAUAUUAAGUGUUUGAUGUAUGCUGCUGUAGUGGUUUUUUUUUCAGAGUGGACAAGAAAUAAAUUUGCUGGUGGUUUGUUUUAAUCCAUUACUUCAAAAUGUCUAUAUUUUCUUUGAAAUCAAGAAAUUUUUUUGAAAAACUUUCUUGUUUGUCCUGUUUAAUUCCGCUUUGAUCGAUGCAUUGACUGUAUCUCAUCCACUACUGCGUCGUGUCCAUUAUCUUAUCGUCUUUCUAGUACUCACCUAUCUCAUAUCUGAACUCUUAGAAAACGUAUAAUAAAUUAUUUUUGUUUCCUUUCAGUUUCAACUUCGUUAUUGUGCAAAUGAAGAAGACUUUAAUCUAUGUGUAGAACAAUUCCAACCAUGUCUGAUAAUGAUCGACCAUAUUAAACAUAACGGUUACAAUUUUACGGAUGGUAAUGAUUUGAUAUCCAAAGGUUCAGCUAAAAAAAUCGAUGAAAACAAAAUUAUUUGAUAAACAAGUAGAUAUAAUAUUACUUUUAUAUUAACCAUUCUCUUGGAAUAAAUGAUUUCUUGACUUUUUCUUAGACUUCAUCCGGUUCAUCUGCAUAUCAAAUACGUCUUGCUGGUUUUAAAGGUCUUGUCAUCAUUGAUUCAUCAUCAACAUUUGAUCAAUUUUAUAUUAAAAUUAGGCCAUCAAUGCUAAAAUUUGAAUCUGACGAUUGGACCUUGGAUAUGUGUGAUUUGAGUAAACCAAUACCAACACCGUUGAAUAACCAAAUUAUUUUACUGUUAUCCGAUCUUGGCUUACCGAAUAAAAUAUUUCUGAAAAUACAACAACGCUAUUUUGAAUCUGGUGAUCACACUAUAAGUAAUUUUGAGCAAGAUUAG